AUGUUUGGAUUAUUGGAGCAAAACGUAUCGGGUCGUCGAUGUGUGUGGGUCAACGGCACAGUCGUAGUCGGGGCGGGCCCUUCAGGGCUCGCCGUUUCCGCUUGUUUAARGGAACAAGGGAUUCCGUUUGUAGUCGUUGAAAGAGCCGACUGCAUUGCUUCUCUUUGGCAAAAACGGACCUACGAUCGUCUAAAACUUCACCUCCCGAAAAAAUUCUGCCAACUUCCGAAACUACCCUUCCCGGACGAAUACCCCGAGUACCCGAAUAGGAAACAAUUCAUCACGUAUCUCGAGAAUUACGCCGAGAAAUUCAACAUCAAGCCACAAUUCAACGAGAAUGUUGAGUCGGCAAAAUACGACGAGAAAUGUGGCGUCUGGCGGGUUAAGACCGUCUCGGUGUUACCGGGAUCGAUUCGGUCGGAGACAGAGUAUAUAUGCCAGAUGCUUGUGGUGGCGACCGGGGAGAAUGCCGAAGGGAUUGUACCGGAAAUCGAAGGCCUACAAGACUUUUCCGGUGAAGUCRUCCAUGCAAAAGACUACAAGUCCGGCGAGRAAUACAGCGGAAAGAAAGUUUUAGUCGUCGGUUGUGGGAAUUCCGGCAUGGAAGUGUCUCUUGAUCUCUCGAACCACAAUGCGAAACCAUCAAUGGUGGUUCGAAGCUCGGUCCAUGUAUUACCGAGAGAAAUCUUCGGAAAAUCGACAUUCGAUUUGGCCACGACGCUAUUGAAAUGGCUGCCUCCAUGGCUGGUAGACAAACUUCUGUUAAUUCUCGCAUUCUUCAUCCUCGGAAACACGCAAAAGUACGGGAUCAAAAGACCGUCUUUAGGUCCAUUACAACUCAAGAAUCAUCACGGAAAAACACCGGUUCUUGACAUCGGCGCACUCCAAAAAAUCCGAUCCGGAGCUAUCAAAGUCGUCGGCGGAAUCAAAAGAUUCCACCGUGGUUCWGUCGAGCUCAUCAAUGGCGAAAUUCUCGAUAUCGAUUCAGUCGUUUUGGCAACUGGGUAUCGAAGCAACGUSCCAUACUGGCUUCAGGAGAAUGAAUUAUUUGGCAAAGAUGGAUUCCCCAAAAGAGGGUUCCCCAAUGGAUGGAAGGGGAAAGGAGGGUUGUAUGCAGGUGGGUUUGCAAGAAGAGGACUUGCAGGUGCUUCUGCUGAUGCCAUCAAAAUAUCACAAGAUAUUGGGAAUGUCUGGAAACAUGAACUGAAUCAGAAGAAAAGGAAAGUUUCUACUCAUAGAAGAUGCAUUUCAACUUUCUAA